GCACCAUCUAGUGACAUGCAAUUGUAUUAAAAAAUAUUCAAUCGAUCGAUAGCGUGACCAUCGCUUGCGCGGGAAACUUUAAAAUGUUUUUAUCGUUUUUUAUUUAUUUUCGCCAUUACUUCUUUGUUGAUUAUCCGCUCGAUUUAAUUACCGAAUCGUUGAUUGCUACAGAUUUGUUGAUUUUUAAUACAUUUUUAAUUUGAAUUAUUUAAAUGAGAACAUUUAUGUUUCUUGUUUAUGUCAUUUGAAAUUGUCACGUUCUCCAAUUUGUAUAGAAGAAAAUACGCGAGUUGGCAUUGAUAUUGAAUAAGUGAAAGGAACGAAUUUAUCUGAAAAUAUAUCUUAUACAAUAUGUAAUUGUCCAAGCUAUAUGUGAAAAUUAAAAUAUUGAGAAUAAGAAAAAAAAAUCUAACAAUUGAAGAAUUAGUCAAAGAUUUCCAAAAUGAUCAUUAAAUUUACAAAAAUAAUUCACUGCUCAUCUGAACAUCCAUCUUAUCCUGCUUCUAAUCUAUUGGAUCACCGUAAGAACACUUCAUGGAGAUGUGCAAAGCCUGGAGAAAUGUUGGCAACGGUUACCUUUCAACUAGCUGAACCUUCUACUAUUACAGGAAUUGAUAUUGGUAAUUAUCGGUCUUGCGUGGUUAUUGUUACUGCAUCUACAUCUACAGAUCCAGACACUUGGCUUCCUAUCGUACAGCAUCAAUUCAUGAGGAAUGAUGAGGCUGCAGAUGGUAAAUUCAGAGAUCAAGUACAGCUGUUCACUAAAAAGGAAUUAAACCCAGAUAAAAUAAAAACAAAAUUUGACCGGAUUAAAGUUACUUGUAUGCAGUCAGCUAACUUGAAGGAAUUAUUCGGUCUAAUGUUCUUCAUAGCAAAAACAGAAGUAAUGGUUGAUUUAGGGCUAGACGUUUUUGGUCGGUUCAAAUUAAAACAGAAAGAAGAAAAUGAUGGCAAACCUCCAAUAGAUGAGUUCAAAGAGAAAUAUCUUAAAAUGAUGGCUAAGAAGAAAGCAGAACUAAAUCCUAAGGAUGAUUUACUUAAAAAAGCUAAAGAAAGCGGUAUGCUGGCUUUCUCCAAACGCCAAGAAGAAAAUAGGGAACCAAUGAAAAGACCCUUGUUACAAAAAUUGGAAGCUGGUAAGGCCGAAGAAGUAUUUGGAAAUCAAAACAAAACUCCUGAAUCAAAUAAAUAUAAAUUAACUACAGAUAUAGCAAUAGCUAAUGCCACAGAGAUGAAGGAUAAGCAAAAUGAAAAUGUUAUGCGUACUCCAUUCGGAGACAUAAUACCUUCCCCAACUUCAAAGAAAAAUAGUAAUAAUAAUGUAGAACCAAUAAAACGUCCUUCGACUUCGGAGGAAAAGAAUGCACAAAAAAAAGUUAAAAAGGAAUGUCCAAAAUGUUCAAUAGAAUCAGAUGAUAAACCAUGUGCGACGUGUGGACGCUUAGCACAACCUAUACCACUUCCUUCUUCUACCACCAAAGUUACCAAGAAUAAACCUAAGAAAUUAUUUUCUCAACUUUUACAAAAUAUAACUUUUUCUCUUAGUGGAUAUGUUAAUCCUCAAAGGGACGAAAUCAGAAGAAAGGCACUUAAAAUGGGCGCCACAUAUAUUGCUAAUCCAAAUACUUCCAAUAAUUUAUGUACACAUUUAGUCUGUGCUUUUGCUAAUACACCAAAAUUUCAACAACUGAAGGAUCAUUCUAAAAUAGUAUCACAUAAAUUUAUUGAAGAUUGCUAUAAUGAAAGAAAAAGAUUACCAUGGAGAAGAUAUGCUAUGGAUAAUAAAGAAAAAAAGAAACCUGAAAGCGAAGAUGAAAUUGAAGCCGAUGAAUCCCCGCAAGGAACACCUAAUCCAUUUGAAGAGGAUACAGAUUCUGAAACCUAUUAUUAAUUAAAAAUAGAGAUAAAAAAUAUCGUUUUUUAUAAAGAUAUUGAAAGUAAAUUAACUAUAGUUUAUCUUAUUACAUCGCCAUAAAAAGAAUUUUUAAUUAUUUAACUAACAAUAGGAAAAUUCUAUAUUUUAAUUCUAUUUACAAAAUGACUUUAUAUAUCAAUUAUUGAUGUACUGUUUCUAUUAUGUAUAGGAAAGCUGAAAAGUUCAAAAUCUAGCAUAUUGCAGGCUGUAAUGUUCCUUCUCGAAGUUCACCGUUAAACUGGCACGUUGUAUUUUAUGAAAGUUCUUUUAUUGAAUGUUGUUUAUAUGACUUUCCGAAAAUUACAUAGGUAAAACACACAUAAUAUUCGAAAUAAAAAAAAAAAAUAAAAUUUAUGUUUAUAUUUUUGUAUUCUUUAUAUUUUUAUGAAAAUGUUUAAACAACAAUCCAUUAUAAAAAUUUAAUGAACAACAACGUUUUCGUUAUUACUCUGUAAAAGCUCGGAGUAUACGAUCUAUGUACCCUUCCCUUCGAAAUCCACGGUUGAAAUGAAACAUUGUCCUCUAUCAAAUUACUUUUAUUGAAAUUUGUUUAUAAGACUUUCCGAACGUUGAGCAUGUGUAUAAAAGGAAUAAUUCAACUAAUCGAUAAAAUUUAAGAUUACAACGCUCUGAUUUGAGCAUUUUCUUAAUUUUUAUGUAAUUAUUUUAACAAAGAUAUAUUUGUUUUAUUGUUCCUGCACAGUGAUGACUUCGACGGGGUGGAAUAAAAUUUUUAUCUAAUAAAAUAUCAGAUUGAAAUUAUUUAAUAUUCAAAGUAUGUUAAUAAUUAUUUAAUAUGUAUGCAAAUGUAUAUACUAUUAAACAAUCUGAAAAAAAGAGGAAUUCAUUAGAUUAUUAAAAUAAUUUUUAAU